AUGUAUCGGGAGAGGGAGGUGUAUAACCUGAAGUUUUAUCAAAAUAAAAUACCAUCUCUUCCUGAUGGUUUAUUCAUUCAGGACUUUCACCAGUAUUGGUUUCAUGAUUACAACAAACUGGAAAACGUGCACUCCUACAUUCAGUGGCUGUUUCCAAUUCAAGAGCAAGAGGGAAACCAUUGUGCACAGGUCCUUACCCUAAAAGAAAUUAAGCAUUUUCGUGAAAAUGACCAACUGAAGAGAAGACUGCUGACGUCUUACAGGCUUAUGCUGGACUUCUAUGGCAUAAAACUGCUGGAUGAGAAUACAGGUGAAGUGGGACAUGCAGAAAACUGGAGAGAGCGAUUUGAGAACCUAAACAGAAACGUACACCAUAACCUUGGCCUCACCCGCAUUCUGAAGUGUCUGGGCAUCCUGGGGUUUGAGCACUACCAGGCUCCCUUAGUCCACUUCUUCCUCACGAAGACUCUGGCGAACAGAAGACUUCCCGGAGUGAAGCAGAGUGUUCUAGACUACUUUAUGUUCUCUGUUCUGAACAAGUCAGAGAGAAAACAACUGAUCAGAGUUGCCUUUAAGAAGUUUGAGCCAAAGGAAGAAUUUGUGUGGUGUCCUAAAAGGAUUCAAAUACGAUUUUUGGAAGAGAGCAAAACCAGAAAAGCAGAGACCCCUGAGACACGCCCUUCAGGAUCAGAGUCUGGUGUUACGUGGCCAACAUCAAAUGAUUUCUAA